UUCCAAUCCCUGUCGGAGAGAAAACACGGGGACCGUCAGUCCUUCUCUCUCGUUUCUCCCUCCCCGUUUACCUCAUUGUGCUUUCUUUUAUUUCAUCCUGCUUCUGUCUCACUCUUCUCCUCAGUGGAUAACUUUUCCUUUUCCCCCCUUUCCAACCUCCUACCUGGUCCGUUUACAGGUUUUUUUAAAGCUCUGUCGCUAUAGCUAUAUUUAUUUAUUUAUUAUUUUUAAAAGAAAGGAUAAAAAAUAUAUUUAGAUGAUCCACAAAUGAGAAGACGUAAAAGAUGGAGUUGCAUAUUUUAGAACACAGCUUGAAAGUAGCGAGUAUAGCUAAAGAAGGCAUCCAGAUUUGCACUCACGGAUUAAUCAAACUCGCCUUCUUGCCAUCUAAAACAAGGUGUAAAUUCUUCAGUUUGACGGAGACCCCAGAGGACUACACCAUCAUUGUCGAUGAAGAAGGCUUCAAAGAGCUGCCCGAGUCGGAGCAUCUCAGCGUGGCUGAGGCCACGUGGCUGGCGCUCAACGUGGUCUCGGGGGGCGGGAGUUCCUCCAGCUCCCAGCCAAUCGGCGUCACCAAAAUCGCCAAGUCGGUGAUCGCUCCUCUGGCGGACCACAACAUCUCCGUCUUCAUGCUGUCCACCUACCAGACUGACUUCAUACUGGUUCGAGAGAGGGACCUGCCCAUGGUCAUGCACACACUCUCCUCCGAGUUCACCCUCCUGCGGGUGGUCAACGGAGAAACGGUCGCGGCCAACAGCCUGGGAGUCACCAACGGUUUCGUCAAGCCAAAAAUGGUCCAGCGCCCCAUCAUUCACCCGCUCUCCAGUCCCAGCAACAUGUUCUGCGUGACCAGCCUGGACCCCGACACCCUGCCCUCCGUGGCCACCCUCCUCAUGGACGUCAUGUUCUAUUCCAGCGGGGUGAAGGAGCCAGGGGGCGCCAGCGAGGACUCUGAACUCAUCCGUUUCUUCUCCUUCUCCCUGAUUGAGGGCUACAUCUCUCUGGUCAUGGAUGAGCAGACCACCCGAAGGUUCCCCAACAACGUGCUGUUCACCAGCGCUUCGGGGGAGCUGUGGAAGAUGGUUCGCAUCGGGGGGCAGCCGCUGGGAUUCGAUGAGUGUGGUAUUGUGGCUCAGAUAUCGGAACCUCUCGCCACUGCUGACAUUCCAGCGUAUUACAUCAGUACCUUCAAGUUUGACCACGCCCUGGUCCCAGAAGAAAAUAUCCAGAGUGUGAUUGGAGCCUUGAGGACCAAUGAGAGCACAGGACAGUGAAGGGCAAGAAUGUGGGAUGGGAGUCUCACGUCCUUGCUGACACGUUGAUUUAUCUACCGAUAAUGUCAAACUCUUAAAGUGCCAAGAGCUUACCCGUGGACUGCUGUGGGGGGGUGGAUUUGGGAGCAAGCUAAUAAAGGUUGAAGGAGGGGGGGUGGGGGGUGGGGGGGUGAAUGGGUUGAGUAGGGGGACACGGGGGUGGGUGGGGCCAUUUCUGCUCCAUAAAGAGCAAAUUAAAACCCAGAUCCUCCAAGUCCUGUUUUCAGAGACUGUGCCAACAACAUCCUCUCCACUCCAAACUUUCUACCAUCUGCUCCCAACCCCAAACAAACCUGCCUCUACAGGGAUCCAAAGCUAGAGUGACUGCAGUGUGUUUACCCUCCCCCUUCCCCUUCCCCUAAUGCUCUCUCUAGGUCUGUCUUUAUCUAUCUAUUGCUCGUUCUCUCUCUGUCCCUCUUUUUGCUCACAUCACACUUUUUCACCAUGGCAACGAGGUCUCAUGAGGUCUGGCCCUUUAUUUUGAUCCCAACUCCCUGAGUCACCGUAAGCCCUCAUCCACCUCCUCAUCCCCCCCCCCCCCUCCCCAAAACGUGGUGCAUUAGAAGCCCUCGACCGCCUGCGUCCACAGAUGUGUCGCUUUGAUUUUUCCAGACCGGGGUUUUCUCUCCUCGUCAAGUUGUAAUUCUCCGCUACUCUUUUCUGAACAACCAAAAUGUGUUACUGGCCCCGCCCCGUAUUCCAGGGAAGAGAGUGCGCACAGCGAAUCAAUCCUGGGACGAUCAUAAAGGUUCCCCUUGUUUUUUUUUUUUUUUGUUUUGUUCUUUUCUUGGUGCCAAGACACUUUAGGCCUAAACCAUUGCCUUUGCUUACGGCUCCGUGCUUCUAGGCUCGAAUGGAGGGGACGGAGCUGAGUUUCUCUGUUUGUGGUUUCAGACCACGUGGUGCAAUGGCGUGGUGUGGUUUGACUUUCACACAUUAUUGAAUAAGCUGUCUUUCAUCGUAGGUUUAUACUGUGUAGUUUGAUAGAUUAGUUUCACGAUGAUUAACUGCCAAUGUGCGAAACUGGCACCUCUGAAGAAGUAUUCUUUUUUCGACGAUAAUAUCCACUCUGUUUCAGUAAUAUCAAAUCUAUAGUCAUUUCAAGCUAGGAAUGAAAUAGAGCUGAUUGAAAUAUUCAGUAUGUAGAAAUGUAGCACAUUUGUUUUAUUUCUAAUUAAUGACAAGGUUUAAAAAAAGGUGUAAAGAAAAGGUUGUUAUUUUCGUUAGUCAAGACAAGGAACCAGUUUGCAUUCAGUUGUUUUAUUUGACCGGCUGGGGUUGAAUUUACUGGGGAAUGAGUUGUUUAAAAAAAUUGGUAGACCUUUUCAGUGAGGAAAAUGACUUAAAAGCGAGACUUACAGUUCUUACCCAGUGUUUCUUUUGGUUGAUUUAAUAACGUCUCGCACCAGUGGACUGCAUACUCCCUGGGAAAAGCCAGACCGUACCGCUUCAGUGGGUACAUUUACAUGCACACUCCUAUUCCAAUAUUCUGAAUAAGACAAUAUCCCGUAUAUGAUACGGGUCAAGUAAACGGAACAUUCUGAUUAAAUACCCUGAUUAAGGCCUUACUCCGAAUACGGCAUAGUCCGAUUGAGACAUGGAAUAUUCCGGUGUUAUUCCGGUAUACAGCUUAUUCGGAAUAUCCACCUCAGUCGGGAUUUUCAUGACAGCUUGCAGCACAUACGCGCCGAAGCUGUUGUUUACGGUCGGCACCCCUAUUACUAGGCUACCCGUUGCAUUUUAAUACGAGCCAGAUAGCUGGCGGUUUGCAAGCCGCAAGGAUAGGAGGCCCUGGGGGGCAAAAAGACGACGUUUUAGGACGGAGAGAGAAAUUAUCCCACCUUUUUAAAAGUUCGUAGUAUAAUGGGUAAGGAAUUGGCCUUGUAACCUGAAGGUGACGGGUUCGAGUUCCCGGGUGGGACCCUGCCGUUAUGACUCUAGAGCAAGGUGCUUAACCUGCACUGCUUCAGUAUUUAUCCAGCUGUAUGAAUGGAUGCAGUGCAAAUGCCAUGAUGCUAGUCACUCUGUUUUGCGAGCAUCUGCUAAAUGCCUGUAAUGCCGUGUAAAACUUUGAAGGGCUAAUAAGGAGCGUGAGGGACGUAACGUCACGCGGCCAUUUAACGUUUAAUUGGACUCUGCACGGCUGCGUGUAAAUGACAAUAGUUAAACAAGAUUAAUUUAUUAAUAGCCAUGUAAACGGCUUAUUCGGAAUAUUGUCUUAUUCAGAAUAACGGUAAUAACUGGAAUAUUGUGUGCAUAUGAACCUAGUCGCCGGUGCCAUUACACAAAUUCGGACUGCAGUUCACGCGUCUUCGAUUGUUCCUCGAGAGAAUUUGAGCGGUUUCCUUUAGUCCUCCUUCUCCUCGUUUCAGUCGGAGGAAGCUUUGUGUGUCAAACGAAGAGAAGCGACACCACACCGCACCCUAAUUCUUAGCGGCCCUUCCGCCCCCCCCCCCCCCCCCGAGUAAUAUGAAAUUGUGAAAGCUAGCUAUCUUAAAAUGGAAGGAGGAGUGUGUGGCCAGCGUACAGUGUUUUGUUCGUGCAGUCGUGAAUGUGAGGUGCAGUUGAAGGUUCCAUUUUGAAAAUUGGGCCUGUCCUGCAAGACUGGCAUCAGUCCUAGGCCUUGAACCCCCCCCCCCCCCCCCCCCCAGCCCCCGGUUCGCACUUUAUGAAAUGUCUAGCCUCUAGACCGCCUAUUAAGAAAGCUGGCUGUGAUCUGUGUCCUGGAAGGAAGGAUGCUGUUAAAGAUGCGGAAUCUUUAGUUGGUCUUUAAUAAUGGGUGCCGUUAUUGUUUUUUUUUCUGCACCGACCGAAGGCUUUCAUCUUCUUGUUGUUCUUUUGGCUGCAGAAAGCUUGUAUUUAUCAGUGUUAACUAAAAAAAAAAAAAAAGUGUGACUUUUAUGAUGCAGAGGAUUAAAAAAGAAAAACAUUUUUCGGAGGUUGUGAUGUUUUUGGUUGGGGGGACACCCUUUCACCCCUACCCUGCCCCCUGCUCCAUCUCCACCACCCACUCUUCUCUUACCUGGGGUCCCCUCCGAUCUCGUGUGGUUGUCCUGAUCACACUUGUUUGCUCAUUCAGCGAAGAGGUUCUCUGUGUUCUAAGUGAGCAGUGAAGGUCGUUCACAACGAUGCCCAUAACGAUCUGUUCUUGUUGAAGGCUUUUUUUUUUUUUUUUUUGGUCAAACUAACUGCAUCUUGGCUUCUCUUACCUCAGGACCUGUGAAAUUAAACCGAUUUAGGCCAUGUUACAGAAACCAGCCUUCGCUGUGUCGUUUUGUUUCCCUCCCUGACUUUUGCUCUAACAAGCCUGCCCCACUCAUGUUCCUCAUGUUGUCUUGUUCCAUCGAUUUGGCGGGUAUGUGGUUUUAAUUUAUAAAACCGCUCCACAGACGCGAGUGUGGUCUAGCAAUGGGCUUUUUUUGUGUGAAAAACGUAUGUUUUAUGUGGCUAGAAAUCGCAAUUCAGAAUAUAAUAUUUUUGCUUUGAAUACCCUUUUCGCUGAUAAAACCAGCUCAUUUCAGAUUGUUGCUCUAGUACCAAACAAAAAGAGUGCCCUACCGGUGUCUUCCCUGUGAAUUUUAAAACCCUUUUGAGAAGAGAUCAGAACCGUAUCACCACCGCUGAGAGCACACUGCAGGCCCGAGUGAGCAUCGGACCACUCCUGCAACAUUAGCUUUUUCUUCUAUACUUGUUUGCUAUUUGAGUGCCCAGAUAGUUUAAACAGGUCUUUAAGUAUAUAAAGAUUGCCCCAUAAACCUCCAAAAUGUAUCCAGAGCUUAAACCAGCUCACUUUGCUCCAGUGAAUUAAUUUGUCGCCAGGAGGAAAAUUGAUUUUUACACUUUUCUGACCAUAUUUUGACAUACUCGGCAGAAAAAAUAAGAGUAGCAGUUGAUGUAGAACAUGAAAUAAUUUUUCAUGUCAAAUGGUUAGAUGUGACAGAACUCUAAUAGAAAAUAUCUGGAAUAGAACAAGAAAAUCAAGCACGAAAGGGAGCCACAGAAAAUCUGACUUUUUCCAGGGAUAGUUUUCUUUCUGUUGUUUUUAAAAAAUAUUAGUUUCAUAUUAAUGUAUGCUUUCAAUUGGCCCAAACAGUUUUGUUUUAUAUAUUUACAGAUGUUUCUGAGGACCAGCCAGCUUUACAAUGGCUGGUAUUGGGACAUGCAGGGGUUUGUGGUCUAAAGCAAGAAAAUAUACUGCAAGCAACUCCAAAGCAGCUUGUAGAGCAAUUUUUUGGCAGAGAUUAUUCACGUGUAUAUUACCUGAUUAUUCUUUGAAAACGUAUACGUUUAGUUUAUUUUGGGUUGGAACCAUUUCCUUUGGCGUAAGCAACCUGAGACUGCUGCUGGAAAUCGUGGUGCUGCGUCCAGUAUCAACACAUGUAUCCUUGGGAAUGAGGAUGUCUCACUGCUUGAGAACCAAGAAAGAAGUCCUGGCAUUAUA